UAGGCCGCAGAUUAGCGGGUACAGAUGACAAUGACAAUUUCACUAACCAACCCACUGGGGGCGGUGAUGCGUCUAAACCGUGAUACUUGUUACAUCUCAAACCAAGAGGAAGAAGACGAAGAAGAAGCCGACAAUAGCGACAAAUUAGUAUAUAAACGUAUACAAGGGAUUGAGAUGAGGCAGCGAGUCUUCACUGGGGUUGUGACACAGCUCCAGGACCGCCAUGGGACUGUAGACCGGGAUGUACGCUUUGCAAUGAGUGUUGUAGUAGGCAGAGCGCCCUUGGUUGGCGAGAAAGUGCUGGUGAAGGCGGUGCAGGAUCCUUCGCAGUCUGUCAAGUGGACAGCACAAAGAGUUCAGGUGCUCAAUGGCCAGCCAUUUAAGUCUCCUCCGCCGCUUCUGCACUCCACGACACCAAACCUGACGCCGAGCAUUUUGGGAAACAAGCGUCAACCACUGCUGAAGUCACCUAAAAUACCACCACUGAUUCCAGGCAUGCAGCCGAAUCCAGGUGGCAUGCUACAGCUGCCCCACCAUCAGAAGCUGCCGUGGCCUGCUCCCUGGGGUGUGGGAAGCCGGAAGAGACACAAUGAGGUCGUGGCUAGCCGGAGAGGCCGACACUGGGAGGAAGCUGGCGGCUCUUGGGGAGGCGACAACGCGCACCAGAAGAGACGACGAUGGAAAGCCCCGUCUGAGGAGGAAACAUCCAAAAAGAGCACCUCUCAACCCAGCACAAGCACUCCUUUCUUCUCCUUUUUCUCAAGAGACAGUCAGGCCUGUGAUAAUGUGGAGCUGCAGAGGCGCUACCCACACCUCCACUCUCCUCUGUCACUCUUUCACGUGCAGCUUUGCUGGCCUGAGAGCUUCCCUUCCAGCCAGCCACUUCCUCUCGCAGGGCCCUGUCACUUCCACGUAGGCUCGCAACUACCUAGGACAGCACUUAUUCCAUCUCCAGACUCCACAGACGACGCCAUCUUCUCUGUGAAGGUGCUGUUACUGUCCAUGCCUGGCGUUGAGGACUUCUACACUCAGUGUUGUAACUAUGCAGAAGACACGAAGGCGCAUGGAGAUGCCGUCCACCCUACAGCACUGUUCAAGUUUUUGUUACUAGACAAAGCAGGAGAGCUGCAGCUUCCUGGAGGUUUGUGGUCCAAAGAGGACGGGUCCAAUCCAGCCAAAGACAGCAGCACCAUCGUACGCACUGCAGUGCGCUGUGUGACCGAGCAGACGGCUCUGGACCUUUCAGCUUGUACACAAUGGCAUAAAAUGGCCGAGCUGAGAUUACUUUCUGGGGAUAAAAUGGAGACGGUCGUCAUCUUGAUGCCAGAUGUGUGGAAUCUAGUGCCGACAAUGGAAGAGUGGGCCAAGUUACAGGAAGAGCAAGGGGAAAAUGAGUCUCCUCUCCCUGAUGCGCCCUCACUGGUAGUCCAACCCUCUGCAGGGUUCACACUGUCGACAGUGUCUCUCUCAUCUUUAUUAGAGCCACGGACAUCACAGAGCAGAGAUGCGUUUGAGGUGGGUUUGGUGAGCGAGCUCUUCAGCGAAAUGCUCCAGAGGGAUUUUGGUCUGCAGCUGUACCACUCCCUCUGCAGCCUGCCUCAGACUCCGACUCCUGACUCGGAAAUGCAGGCAGACGACAGCAGCGCUGCCCUGGAUGAUGAGGUAAAAAAUACGAGUCAGGACAUGAGAAAGAAAGGAGUGAGUGAUGCCAAGAAAACAGCAAACAAAAAAGAAGAGGAAGACACUAAAAUGGAGGAUGAACAGGAACGGAGCGAACACCAGGCUGAGAAUCAGGAAGAAGCCGAGAGCCGGGCAGAGGGUGUAGAAGCGCCGACCGCUGAUGCACUUGACAAUCAGUCGCUCAAAGACAUCGAGCUUCCCCGUAGGGUCCUUUUGUCCUGGGUGUUUUUCGACAGGCAGCUCUCUGGUGCCCUGAGAGAAGAGGACGUUCAGAACAUCUUGCUGUCCCUCGGGCUCUACCUCACCACUGCUCAGGCACAGGAUCUGGUCAGGAAGAUGUCAGUGGACGGGAAGUGCGUGUACCGUAAACUGUGCUCUCGCUGGACCGAGACAGACGAGGUGGCCUGUGACCUCAGUGCCGAGGGAAAUAAAUCCCUGCUUCCGGGUCUGCCUCGUAAGGAAAAGGGCUCUACCCGUCGCUCAUCCAACAACGCUAACCCAGAUGUCAUCAACUACAAAGGGACCGUUCUGAACAUCCCCAACCUGCUGCAGUGUCUCGAGAGCAGCAAAACGGCGCAGCACGAGAUGGAGAAACGGAUCACUGACCUACAGGCAAUGCUCGAGGCAGCCAAGGCAAAGCCGGUCUCAGAUGAACAGCAGCAGCUGAAGAGCAGGUUAGAGAAAGCUGAAGCAUUGAACAAGACCUAUGAGAAAAAUCUAAAGGAGAACGCCGGCCACAUGCUCACUGUCAUUGAGAAGAUGCAGAAAAUGGUCGAUCAGACGACAAGCCUUACAAGGACAAAGGAGGUGAAAGGAGACAAAGACUAAAUUUCAACAGGGGCAUUUUAAAAACCUCAAACCCAAUUUAUUUUCCACUGCUUUUAAAUCUCUUGUGGGAUAUUAAUGGAGUGUGCUCUCUCUUUCUCUUUCUCCCCCCCCCAAAAAAAAAAAAAAAUCUGAAAAUGCUCAGCUUGGCAUUGCAGUAGUACACUUGUCAAAAGUCUGGUUGUUUAAAAAAAAAAAAAAAGGAAGAAAAGGGGAAAAACAAGUAAAAUGAAAUCCUGUUUGAAUAGCAUCUUGAAGCCUGCAAACAUGCAUUAAAGUAGGAAAGUCAAUGUCUUUUUUUUAUAUUUACUGUAUUGUUUGUUUUAUUUUCAGUCACAAGUAGGAAAAUAUUAAGAUGUUGACUUUUGAAAUUAUUAUUAUUAUUAUUAUUAUUAUUAUUAUUAUAGUUUUGGUCCUCUUGUGUAAAAACAUGAAUUGCUGCAUGUAUAUUUGCCAUCAGUGCUGUUGAGACUGAAGGAUCCCAUUUUUUUGUAGUUUUUUUUUUGGUCUCCUCUGUUUUCAGAAAGUUUAUCCUAAUAGUCCAAGAAAGAAAUUACUGUUGUUGUCAGGAAUUACUCAGACUACUGCAAUAACAGAAAUCUAAAGAAAACAUAAUAAACUUGACCCUGCUUCACUGCUUGCCUGGGGUAUAACAUGUUAUAAUAUGGCUUCUGGGCUUCGUUUUCCUUAAUUUUAUGGUGUCACUCAAUUCAAUGAUUGUCACGUUUUGAGUUCUUGUUUGCACUCCAGUGAUCCAACAAUAAAAAGUGUCAUUGUGAAUUAUAA